AACAAGUCGUGACGGUUUUGUUUAUUUUUUCUUUUUCUUUUUCUUUUUUUUCUUUUGUCUUUCUCGAUAUCAACAUGACGACUGAAGCAGACUUUCAAGGUAUGUUCUGUUAAAGACAUACAUAUUGACUCCCUUUCGCUUGAUAGAGAAAUUAAAUGCAUGCUUUAAAAUGUGCAUGGUCUAUUUAGACGACUUGAAAAAGAAGAGAGAGAUAGAUCAUUCUGAUUUUAAUUCGGUUCAAUUUCAAGAAACAAUAGCCAAUCUUGGAAAGAUCUUGGCUCACAAUGCAACUAAAUUCACCUUGUCUUGUAAACCACCUCGUAAACCUGAUGAUGCUAUCCAUAUGAUCAGCGAAAUCAGUAACACCUUGUACCGUCUUGUUGGAUUCUACAAUACCAUACCCGACCAUGCUGGCAAGAUGUACAAAGACGCUUAUCAAUCUAUGGUGCGAGAAGUACUUCAAGGCCUAGUUGCUCUCUGCAGUAGUUUUAUGACAGAAGAAAAUGCCAGUGAAGUCCGCAAACAUAUGCCUUAUAUGGCCUCCACAGCUGCUCUUUGGGAUACAUGUAAAGCCAUGGAAACGCUACCCAAGAAUAACAAGGAAGCCGUCUUACACGCCUGGGUAAAUCUACAGAGCAUCUUGAAAGAUGCCAAGACAGAAGUCCAUGCUAUUGCAAAUGGUCAAGACGCCUCAGAAGGGUUUGACGAUAAUGAAGAAGAAGAUGAUGCUACAGAUUUAAGUCCAGAAGAAUUAGAGGUGGCUCAACAAUGUGCCAAGCUAGUAGACAUGGCUGUCUUUGUCAUGCAAAAGAUAGAGCGUCGUUGUAUUCGUGAAUCUCCUCAGCCCUCAACACGGUGGUUAGAUGAUAUUUAUACAAAAGCACAUAUAUUAGUGGACGAAACAGAUGUCCUGGUCUCACAGAUCUAUGACGAAGAUGUAUUUACCAUGAAAGAACAAGUCAAGACAUACAUUGAACAUUCCAAAUCACUUGUUCAACUUGCGAAACAACAAGCACCUGAAGAACAUAUGGCAUGGUUCUCUAUGUGUGAAAACAAGUAUGAUGCCUUGUAAUAAACUAAAUUUAAUGAACAA